AGCAGGAUGGAUGUUUAAUGUGAAAUGAAGAUGUGCUGCACUUUGUGUACAAGAAGAACUUUGGAUUCCAUUUUCUGUCACUCUUUGGCAAGAGGCAAAGAGCUGCCCCGGGGACCCCAGCUCAGGAGGGGUGGCCAGGGGGUCACCAGAACCUGGGAAACCCCUCAGUACAGUCCCAGUCUGCAGCUGCAGGAGUUGGCAGAGUCAGGAGAAGCUGAGGCUGUGAGAGGGCAGAAACACCAGCCUGGGUACUCGAUGAGCCAUGGACACAGCUGGGAAAUGAAGGAAAUGAAAAUAUCCCUCUGGAUAAAGUGAGACAUGGAAGCAGAAGCUGAGAGACCCCCUUGGAUGAGCUGGGGCUCCUGGGCUCAUCCCCAACAUCCCUCCCAGCUCCUCCUGUCUGCCUCUUCCCAGACAUAAUCAGGAAAGCAUUCCCAGAAAUAUUCCCAAUGUCACUGGGUCACGGGUGCUUCUCACCCUGGUGCUGGGUGGGGCUCCUGGGGAUAUCUCACCCCCACGCUGGGGCACCCACCCAGCCCAUGAGGCUCUGGCUGGCCCAGGAGCACCAGUGAGGACACUGCACUGCCCAGAGGCACUGGUUUCCCAGGAGUGGCUCUGGAUGCACAAGGGCUGUACUGAGUUUCCCACUGAUGGCACUGGGGUUUGCCCAGGGGUGGCACUGGGUUACAGGAAGUCAGCACUGAGCUCCUGACUGGAAUGCUUUAGGUUGGAGAGGAUGUUCAAGCUCAUCUAUCCAACCCCUGCCAUGGACAGGGACACCAGGGUGCUCAGAGCCCUGGCCAGCCUGGCCUCGGACACUGGGGUAGCACUGGGCUGCCCAGGGUGGCACUGGGCUGUCCACUGAGGGCUCUGAUCUCACAGGGCCCAGGUUGGAAGGCUCCUUGCAGGACAUCCUACACCUAAAGCAGGUGGCCACAAGCAUUAUCCAGCCACUCAACACCUACCCCUGGUUGCCCAGGGGCUGCACAAAGCUGCCCAGCAGCACAGGAGGUUCAGGGCAGGAACUGGGAUGCCCUGGGUGGUGUUUACUGGCCCCAGGUUGCCCACCCAGCAGCCUGUGUUGCCAUUGCUGUGGCCAUUACAGGGCGGGUCAAUGGCCAGGACAGGUCACAGAGGUGGCCAGUGUCACAGAACCGCCCCAGAACACGGUCACUGCCACGGAACCCCCAUCCAUAGCAACGGGGCCCUGCAGAGCCGGGCCGUGCCAGGACCACCGCAGCAGCCAGUGAUGAGCAGCAGCACCCCCGGGCGCUCCCAGCCCAGAGCUCAGCCAGGGGGGAGCUGUGCUUCACCCACAGGGAGGAGCAGCACGGCCGGACUAGCACCAGCAGCAUUCCAGGAUGGAACUCUACGGCUAUCCCUUAAAAGCCAAGUUUAACCAGCCACGGCCACCACCUCCCAAGGUCCUGCCAGCCGCCAGCACUGCGGCUGCCAACUACAAGAACUGCGUUCCCUGUCAUCCCGAGAGCUUCACCAUGCCAUGGAUGCCCAACUCCUACUACAAAGCAGCUGCCCUCAACCCCACCUUGGCUCCCCUCACCGAAAACUUCCCUGGGCUUCCCCCCACCAAGAUAGUUCCUUUUAUUUCUGAGAAACCCAACGGUGUCUUCACCCGGCACACGCUGGAUGACUGGCACCGGUCCAACAUGACCAACUACAAGGAGUCGGAGACCACGCGGCACAACGCGGAGCGCCUGCGGGCCGACCUGAACCGCGCCAUCAAGGACGUGUACCAGCAGGCCAAGAGGACCCAAGGCGAGAGCACCAGGAACCUGGGAGAGCGUGUCAAUGACAUCGAGUACUGGAAAUCCGAGCUCUGCAUCGAGCUGGAUGCCAUGAUCAGGGAGACCAAUUCCCUGGCGGAUAUGCAGAAACGACUGGAGAGAGCCUUGGCCGACACCGAGGGCCCCUUCCAGGUGGCUCACAAGUGUUUGCUCCAUCGGGAGAAGAGGAUGGGCAUUGACCUGGUCAAUGAUGACGUGGAGAAACAGCUCGUCACAGAAAUCAAGAUCAUCAAGUCCUGCCGGGAGAGGUUACAGCAGUGCCUGGACACGGUGAAUGCCCAGCUCAUGUGCAACAAGGAGGCCCGGCAGGAGCUGGAGAAGGACCUGGCUGACAAGCAGAUGGGCCACCACAUCGACAGCAAGUGCUACCAGCUGAAGGACACCUCCAGAGACAUCCACUUCUUCAAGGGCGUGGAGAGGAUCGAUGCCACGGUCUCAGUGCCCGAGACCUGGGCCAGGUUCACGGACAACAACAUCUUCCGCUCGCAGAGCGCGCGCGCGGCCUCGGCCAAGCUGCGGGCGAGCACCGAGAGCCUCCUCAUGGGCACGGCCGACGAGAUGUGGCGCCAGUUCAGCAAGGUCAACGACGCCUUCACCAGCCGCAUCACCGAGAUCGCCAACGCCAAGAGCAAGAUCCAGACACACCUGGCCAAGACGCGGCAGGAAAUCUUCCAGAUCGAGACGAAGAUCCAGGUCAUCCAGAAGACCAUAAAGGACAAAGAGGCUCAGCUGAAGGUGGCUCAGACCCGGCUGGAUGAGCGCACAAGGAGACCCAACGUGGAGCUGUGCCGGGACGCUGCCCAGAUCCGCCUUGUCCAAGAGGUCAACGAGAUCAACGAGACACUGCGGAACCUGCACCAGUGCCUGCGGGCCUCCGAGGACAUGCUGCAGAUGCUGGUGCGCUCCAAGGGGGUCCUGGAGCAGGACCUGGUGGUCAAGAACAACUCCCUGUUCAUCGACCAGGAGCGCUGCAUGGGGAUGCGCAAGAGCUACCCCAGCACCGUGCAGAUCCUGGGCUACGUCUCAGCAGGACUCACCUGAGCGCUCGGCACCCGUGGCGGGACGCAUCCCCGCUUUCCCUCGGCUUCUUUGCAAAUAUAUUGUUGCAAUUUCA